UGACUUCCGCAUGCUUUGUACGCUUUGUACGCGUUUGGUCUGAACGUACAGUUACUGCCUUGGCCGAACAGCACUGAUUUAAGGCUGUAGGUCAUUAUUAUGUUUAUAGUAUAAUUGUCUAAAUUUUACACUUAUUGGAGCCCUUGCUUAGUGUCGCAAUAGUGUAAUUAACUGCAGGCAUAAGGUAAAAUUAUGCAUAUUGCAAUGACAUCUAUGAUAUUAUGAAAGUGCAAUUUUUUUCCCCACAGCAUUGCAUAAAUAAGUUUUGUGAACAUUUUAAUGUUGAGUAUUCUGUCUUUAAUAGUUCAAAUAGUUUAAAUUUUGUCUCUCUUUAAUAGUUUAAAUACCUUUUGUGUGACUAACUUCCGGUCCCAAAUGUUAUUUACCAAUAAGUCACUGGUGCAAAAUGAAUUAUUACUGACAACAAGCACAAGCAUAAUUCCUGGUCUUGGCAGCGUGCAGUGCAAGUAAGCUUAUGUUGAGAACACACAAAGAUAAAACACCCUGCCGUUCACAAAAAAAGCUGAUUCUUUUUACUGCAGAAUUUGACACACCAAGUUUCCACCCAGGAACACAUAUAGGCUUUUGUUACACCCCCAGAGAAAGUUGUUCAAAGUUCAAGAGGCGUAAACUGAAUUAGUCUGUAUUCAGCUGUUCGUUUAAGCUGAACGUCUCAGGACUCCUACAGCUGCAGGACUGGCACAUUAUUCCUCAUUAUAAUGAUUGCAUAUGUUCUAUAUAGCGCUCUUGCAGGCUUGGUAUUUUUGGCAUUUUUGCUUUACUUGCAAAACCCUUAUUUUGUGAAAGAUUUAAGAUAUGCAGUUACUGCAAUUCAAAUUGGCAUGCAACUGGGAAAAUUCAAGAAGCAGAAACCGUUUUACAGUAUUUUGGAUCGUUUUCUGGAUAAAGUUGCGAGGCACCCGCAGAAGAAGUUCAUACUUUUUGAGGACAGCUCAUACACUUACAGCCAAGCCGACAAAGAAAGCAACAGAGUGGCCAGAGCAUUAUCCAUACAUGCCAAGCUGAAAGAGGGGGACACGGUGGCAUUGUUCCUGGGUAAUGAGCCCCAGUUUGUGUGGAUCUGGCUCGCACUGGCCAAGCUGGGAUGCACAGCUUCUCUGCUGAACUACAACAUCAGAUCCAAAUCUUUGCUGCACUGCUUCUCCUGCUGUGAAGCCAAAGUCCUGGUCGCUGGUGCUGACUUGCGAGAUGCUGUAGAGGAGGUGUUGCCCACCCUGAACCAGCAGGGUGUCCGUGUGUUUAUCCUCAGCGAGGAAUGUGAUGUGGAGGGCAUUGAAAGCCUCUCUGAUAAGAUUCAGCAGGCCUCAGACCAGCCUCUGUCACCAGAGCUCAGGGCCAACAUUAACAUCAAGAGUCCUGCGCUGUACAUCUACACCUCAGGAACCACAGGGCUUCCCAAGGCAGCUGUAAUUAACCAUGAGAGGAUAUGGAUGGCAUCUUUUCUUCAGGCUAUUGCUGGCGUACGCUCAGAUGAUAUUGUCUAUAUAUACCUGCCUCUGUACCACAGCGCUGGCUUUCUGAUGGGACUUUGUGGAGCCAUAGAAAAAGGCACCACUAUUGUUUUAAGACGUAAAUUUUCUGCUUCCCAAUUCUGGAAUGACUGUAGGAAGUACAAUGUGACUGCUAUUCAGUACAUAGGAGAAAUUAUGCGAUACCUCUGCAACACACCAAAGAGAGACAAUGACAGAGAUCAUAAAGUCCGAUUGGCUUUGGGGAACGGGAUAAGGGCCGACACAUGGGCUGACUUCCUGCAACGGUUUGGGGACAUUCGUAUCUGUGAAUGCUACGGAGCGACAGAGGGAAAUAUUGGCUUUGUCAAUUACGUUGGCAAAGUUGGAGCAAUUGGCAGGGAGCAUUUUCUCCACAAAAUGGGGUGUCCGUAUGCCCUCAUAAGAUACGACACAGAGAAAGAGGAGCCUGUCAGAAACUCCAAAGGAUUUUGUAUUGAAGUCCCCAGAGGAGAGACCGGUUUGUUGGUGGCAAAGAUUGGAGAAAGAACACCUUUCAGCGGCUACGCCAAAAACAAGCAGCAGACAGAGAAGAAGAAGCUGAGGGAUGUGUUUGUGAAGGGAGAUUUCUACUUUAACAGUGGCGACCUUCUAAAGAUAGACAAUGAGGGGUUUGUCUUCUUUCAAGACCGCAUUGGAGACACUUUCAGGUGGAAAGGAGAAAAUGUGGCAACCACAGAGGUAGCCGAUCAUUUGCUCAUGGUGGACUGCGUUGAGGAGGCAAAUGUCUAUGGUGUGAAGGUGCCAGGACACGAAGGAAGAAUUGGAAUGGCAGCACUCAAGUUGAAAGAAAACAUGGACUUUGACGGCAAAACGACAUAUCAGCAUGUCAAAAACUAUCUCCCCAGCUAUGCAAGGCCGCGCUUCAUUCGCAUACAGGAUGCACUGGUAGUAACUGGGACAUUUAAGCAAAUGAAGGUGAAACUGGCGGAGGAGGGCUUCAACCCUGCCGUCAUCAGGGACCCUUUGUUCUACCUGGAGGACAAUAAGGGCUACGUACCUAUGACUCAGGAGAUAUUCAACUCCAUCGCAGAGGGAAGAGUCAGGCUCUGAAUGAGUUCAGUGUUUAUUAUUGGAUUGUCAACCUCAAAUAGUACAUUUGAUUUUAAGGUUUGUAUGUGAUACAGGAUGCCAAAUAAUGAUAAAUGAUCUGCACACUGGGUGUUUAUGUACAGCACAUUUCAUGAGAUACUUUGUCUUCUAUGGAGAAUAAUGCACACGGAAAUAUAUCAAGGGAUAUAAUUGUGUUUGAAAUACAUUUUAAUAAAAAUAUAUUAAAAACAUUGAUUGUAAAUGAGCAAAGCAAUCCCAAAUCACACAGUUAGAUAGUGAUCUUCAUUUUGCCAAGAGCUGAGUGUGCUGGCUCACCACCAACACAACUGGAACGGUAGUAAAGGGCGUGAUUAUCAAUAGUUGUAUUUCUGUGUGUGAAUGAACUACUGUACACUGCUGUCGGGAUCAUUGCAGGAGCUUAGGUG